AUGGUCAAGUUGGUAGGGGUGACGCUGGAGGCAGUGCUGUCUUGGGACAGUGGGGAAGAUGAGACGGGAGAGUACAAUCCAUGCAGAAAUAGUAGUACUUUUGUGUCCCGUAACUUCACGGUGUAUGCCUUAGACAUACACAAUAAGACUUAUUUUAAAAAGAAGAAGAGGGGUUUCUCCAGCUGGGCCAGACAGAACGUUCAAGCUGCAGGUAUCACAGGUGAUUAUCGAGACAGAACUCCGGGAGCCGCAGGACCAGGGACAGCCCGCGACGACGAAAGCAAACCCUCCAACCGCCUGUGGACAGCAGUCACAAUAAAGGCGCACUUCUGGAACACUCUGCACUCGGGCCGUGGACUCCGGAGGCGUGCGAGUGGCCCGUGUCCCUCUGCACAGAAGCGCUCCCCAGCCCUACGCCAGGAAGACGCAGCCCAGACGUUUGCUCGCUUCGCAGCAAAGAAGUUUUCCUCAGAUUUGGACACAAUUUGCCAUUUCUUGGGAAGAUUUUCUGUCUCUGCCUGUGUCACAAGAGGAUUCAGGACCAGAAGAGCCAGGAUGAAGGUGGAAGGCAGGAGAAUCACCUGCUUGCUACUCUCCUUCGCUGUGAUCUGCCUGGUGGCCACCCCUGGGGGCAGGGCCUGUCCUCGCCGCUGUGCCUGUUAUGUGCCUUCAGAGGUGCACUGCACCUUCCGGUACCUGACCUCCAUCCCAGACGGCAUCCCACCCAAUGUGGAACGCAUCAAUUUAGGGUACAACAGCUUGGUGAGAUUGAAGGAAACAGAUUUUUCUGGCCUGAACAGACUGGAGCUGCUCAUGCUCCACAGCAACAGCAUUCACACGGUCCCCGACAGGACCUUCUCGGAUCUGCAGGCUUUACAGGUGAGACCAGUGGAAGGAAGGUGAGGGUGAA